AUGAACCAGCCGGCCCCCAGGCACCCCCCUCCACCCCGCCGUGUGCGACUCAAGCCCUGGCUGGUGGCCCAGGUGAACAGCUGCCAGUACCCAGGGCUUCAGUGGGUCAAUGGGGAGAGGAAAUUCUUCUACAUCCCCUGGCGCCAUGCCACACGGCACGGCCCCAGCCAGGACGGAGAUAAUACCAUCUUCAAGGCCUGGGCCAAGGAGACAGGAAAGUACACCGAAGGGGUGGACGAGGCAGACCCGGCCAAGUGGAAGGCCAACCUGCGCUGUGCCCUUAACAAGAGCCGUGACUUCCGCCUCAUCUAUGAUGGACCCCGGGACAUGCCACCUCAGCCCUACAAGAUCUACGAGGUCUGCUCUAAUGGCCACGCUCCUGCAGAGUCACAGCCCAGUGAGGAUUACGCUUUUGGUGCAGGAGAGGAGGAGGAGGAGGAAGAGGAAGAGCUCCAGAGGAUGUUACCAAGCCUGAGCCUCACAGAAGCAGUGCAACCUGGCCCCCCCAUGGCACCCUAUUCCUUACCCAAAGAGGAUGUCAAGUGGCCACCCACUCUCCAGCCACCUGUGGUGCUGGGCCCUCCUGCACCAGACCCCACCAGCCUCCUGGGCCCCACCCCUGGCAACCCUGCUGGCUUUGGGGAGCUUCUCCCUGCGGUCCUGCCGAGCCUGCAGCCUGGGUCCCUGGCUGCCAGCCUGCCCCCCACAGGCGAACAACUCCUGCCCGACCUGCUGAUCAGCCCCCACAUGCUGCCUUUGACUGACUUGGAGAUCAAGUUCCAGUACCGGGGGCGGCCACCCCGUGCCCUCACCAUCAGCAACCCACAGGGCUGCCGGCUCUUCUACAGCCAGCUGGAGGCCACCCAAGAGCAGGUAGAGCUCUUUGGCCCCGUGAGCCUGGAGCAAGUGCGCUUCCCCAGCCCUGAGGACAUCCCCAGCGACAAGCAACGCUUCUACACAAACCAGUUGCUGGAUGUCCUGGACCGCGGGCUUAUACUCCAGCUGCAAGGCCAAGAUCUGUAUGCCAUCCGCCUGUGCCAGUGCAAGGUGUUCUGGAGCGGGCCCUGUGCCUCAGCCCACGGCUCACAGCCCAACCCCAUCCAGCGGGAGGUCAAAACCAAGCUCUUCAGCCUGGAGCAUUUUCUCAAUGAGCUCAUCCUGUUCCAGAAGGGCCAGACCAACACCCCGCCACCAUUUGAGAUCUUCUUCUGCUUUGGGGAGGAGUGGCCUGACCUCAAACCCCGAGAGAAGAAGCUCAUCACUGUACAGGUGGUGCCUGUAGCAGCUCGGCUGUUGCUGGAGAUGUUCUCAGGGGAGCUUUCUUGGUCAGCUGAUAGUAUCCGGCUACAGAUCUCAAACCCAGACCUCAAAGACCACAUGGUGGAACAAUUCAAGGAGCUCCAUCACAUCUGGCAGUCCCAGCAGCGGUUGCAGCCUGUGGCCCAGGCCCCUCCUGUGGCAGGUCUUGGUGCUGGCCAGGGGGCCUGGCCCAUGCACCCAGUUGGCAUGCAACAAUGAGACUGCGGAUGGUGACUGGCACGGGCUUCCCAGGUGUCUGUGUGGAUUCAUGUGGAGGUGCAAUGGCCCCAGUUGGCACCUGAUUGGCUCGCAGGUCCUCUCUCUGGGUCUUCUGGAAGUGGAUUUGUGCUAAGGAGAGGGAAGAGAGCUCUGUGUUCCAGGCUCUCCUCGCAGCAUCUGAGGGAAGCUAGAAGCCACUUUUGCUUUCAGGGCUGUCUUCCUGGAUGUGCCUCGCCUCUGCUCACUCUGGAGGAACUCAGCCAUCAGCCCCGGUGAGCAGAGAACUCCCCCAACCCUAGGGGCCUAGCUGAGAGGGAUCUGUCCCAGAGUGGCCCACCCUUGUGGUUGCCCCCCAAUUCCUCAGGCAAAGACAGUCAAGUGCCGUGGGCCAUGCUCUCUCAACAGGGCAUGGGCCUGAUCUGAUUUGGGGGUUCCCUAGUUUGAGCCUCACACCCUCAUAUCUGAGACAGAUAUGCACAUAGGUAUUAUACCAGAUGC